AUGAGUGAAUCCCAACAAUGUUUUGCGAAAAGUUGCCCAACAGAUAGGCAACAACAACAAAGAUGUGAUAUUUCUAAAGCAAUCAGCACAAAUUUCUCACUUAUGUCCGUAGUCACUUUCAACAAGCAUGUGUUCUUGAUGAUUUCCUACUUCACCAUGUUGAUCAGUCCAACCAAACAGUCUACGUCAACCAUUACACGUGAUUUGAUGUAUCCUGCAAUUUCCAGUACUAAUUCUGUGGUUAAAGUCAAUCCAAUCCUUCUCACAAUCAACGAAGAACUUCAGAUAGGCAGUCAAAUCGGUCGACUUCGUGAGCUCAUUUAUCCCAGACCGAAUUCAGACGUGAAAUUUGUUAUUCCGCAGAAUCCUUAUUUUAUUAUUGACACAGGUGGAGUCCUGCGGACCCACGGCCCUGUUGAUCGAGACAACAAUCGUCAGCUUUGUUCAGAACCGGGUUUCCCGGACCAAUGCAUAUGGAGCAGCGUAGCUAUUGGAACAAACGGUCAGUAUAUUGCUAUACGGAUUACGAUUAAUGAUGUCAAUGACAACGUUCCAACUUGGUCGGAACAAUACAUUACUGUUCAAGUUGCCGAAGAGUUGGAUUCAAAGUUUUCCACCGAAUUGCCGAUUGCAAACGAUCCUGACACUGGCCUAAAUGGAAUUCAGGAAUACAAGUUACAAGCAGAACAGGAUUUUCUGGAAUAUUUUCAGUUACAAGUCUCUAAGGAAUCCACCCAAACAUCGAAUUAUCGUUUCCGUCUGUUUUUACAUGUAGUGGCUCCCUUGGAUCGUGAGGAAUGUCCCAUGUAUAAUUUAACCUUGUUAGCCUUCGACGGCAGCAGACCAUUUCAUACUGGCACUGUAACUGUUCGUGUCGUCGUUAUCGAUGAAAACGAUCACAGCCCACAAUUCACAAGUCAUUCGUAUGUGGCUAUUGUGCAAGAAGACGCGGCGGUUCAAAGUGAGGUACGUUUGCUGGGCAGGAACGAUACUGAUCGCCAGUCUGAUGUAGGAGCACAAUACUCAUCGCCCCCUGCAUUGCAAACAAACGAUGAAGUAUUUCUUGCUCUCGAUCGGGAUUCCGGUUUGAAUGGUGAGAUUGAGUACAGCUUCGCCACUUCAACAGAUCCAGACAUUCUGAAAACAUUCAGUUUAGACAGGCAAAGUGGAACGCUGAGAAUAGCAAAGCAACUAAGUUAUGACAACGGACCUAGGGAGUGGCGGUUCAAAUUAUACGCAACCGAUCAUGGCCGACCGCCGCGGUCUAGCUCAACGGAAGUAUCAAUCAAACUGAUUGAUGCAAAUACGCACGCGCCAGAAAUCAAAGUUAGGGCACAACUUCCAAAAGCCUAUCGGGUGCACGUUCAGCGUGCUCAGUCGACCGGACUACUUUCACAAAUUGAUCCAGAUUUACUAUACAUUCCGGAAAACAUGAACCCGAUAAAUGAUUCGUUGGCAGUUGUAACUGUCAGCGACAGAGACGUCGGACCCGGUGGUACGGUCGAUUGUUAUUUGACACAGGAACAAAACAAAGCACCAAAUUUUAGUUUGUUUCCUGAUCGAAAAUCUCCUCCAAUAAUGUCAGAUUAUUUUCGUCUGUCAUUUACGGACAAACUUCCAAAGUGGAAUGUUUAUAGCUUAUUCGUACAAAAAAGUGUGGAUCGCGAGACCAUGUUCGAUAGGACAUUGAUCAUCAAUUGCACGGACAAAGGAAGUCCACCAAAAUCAUCAUUCGCUCGGUUACUUCUAUACAUCGUGGAUCAGAACGACAAUGCACCGGAAUUUACACAGCCAACCUACCGAAUUCACGUGAGUUGAGUGCUGGAGGGGAACAGACCAAACACAGCAAUCGGCAAACUUCUCGCUACAGACCCGGACGAAGGAGACAACGGUCGUAUAACCUAUGAGAUCACAGCUUACUCUCCCUCCAAUGAGCGAAUCAACGAAACAUUUCAGGUCACAGAUACCGGGAUUUUGAUUGCACUGAAAAGCCUGGAUCGUGAAACUACACCAGAGGGCUAUAGAUUCAAGGUAAGAACGGUCAACUUAAUCAGAAAACUAUCGCUCUCAUCUCGCCACUUUUUAGAAGAACAGGUUGCGAAACAUUUGAAAACCUGCAAAUUACGAG